AUGUCAUCACGAUGGACUCUCACUACGACCCAUUCAAUCACUCUCGGAGCAGCUCCCGCUAAUACUCCGUUCCGGCUUCUUCAUCCAACGUCCAAUGUGGGGGUGAGUAAUCUAGCGCAUCCUCAAAUCAGCCCUAUUCCAAGAACUGAUGUCCAGGCUAAGGAAGAGGUCGCUAUUAAGCUUGAAAGUGUGAAGACUGUUUAUAGGAUUUAUAGGGUUCUUCAAGGAGGAACUAAAUCGUCUCAUUCGAAGUCGUAUCUACAUCUUCAUAUAAAGCCUGAUAAUUUCCUCAUGGGUUUGGGAAGGCGAGCAAAUCAGGUUUACAUCAUAGACUUUGGCUUGGCUAAGAAAUAUAGAGACAGCUCCACUCACCGACAUAUCCCAUACAUGUAA